UCCGUGACUGGAGCUGGAGGACAGAGGAGCCCUUCCCGUUGCCGGCGCCAGCCUGGUCUCUUGGAAUUACUUCGCUCAAUGAUUCACCUUUGCCGGUCUCAUCCCGUGUCUGCUUUGUUAAAUUCCAUGAUCCGGACUCAGCAGUUGUGGCACAGCAUCUGACAAACACUGUAUUCGUUGACAGAGCAUUGAUAGUCGUACCAUAUGCAGAAGUGCUUCCUCACUGACAACUUUACAAAAAGAUCCCAUAUUGAAUUCCAGUAUACCAAGGGUUGCAAUGAUUUUGGUUUGUAUGAAAAUUCAAGAUUUCCUAUAGCCUAGGUGCCAGAUGGGCACUGGGUGUUUUGUUUUUAUUGCCAGAUUUUCUUGUUCAUUCUUGCUAUAUUUUCUAGAAUAUCUCUAAAUAAUAAAUUCUUCUCUCUGUUAUUUGUGUGUGUGAUUUUUGUAGUGGAGAAGGCAAAUGCAAAACUCUUCCUGAUGACUGAAAAACAGUGGGUCCUCUGCAGCUACAGGGGAUUCUAGACAUUAACUAAAGGCCAGCAAGCACUCAAGUCCCCCAAGUGUUUUUCUGGUGUAACCAUUUGUUAACUACAUUUUCUUUUCUUUUUACAUUUUAGGAGGUUAAAGUAACUUGACAGAAAUAAUGAGCAGGGUUUGGGGAUCUUAAAAAAAGCCACUGUGACAAGACAGCACUAUUUUAAUUCCAUUUUGUAAAUUUUCUAAGCCAUAUUUUAUAAUUAGUUUGUUCCCAAUGUACUGCUACUUUAUUUGCUUUUUGUUAUCUAUAAAUUUUGAUCAAAGAAAUAACUGAAAUAUAAAAUUACUGGGUUUUAAUUAAGUUAAUAAUUAUGGGGUUUUAAGUUAAUUUACAGCAUUAAGUUAAUUUUGACCAGAAUUUAAUGCUUUCCCCUUUCCUUAAUGUACUGGUCAGUGGAAGCAGAAUCUUGAUAUUGUUUACUUUAAAUGCUAUCUCGGCUCUUUGAAUACCAAUGUGAACAUUUACACCAUACCUUGUAAAAGUUGUGAAAUGUCUAGUCCUUAAAACUUAAACAAAUUGCCUCUGGUUUCUAAAGAAAUUAAGUUGCAUUCAUAGAUGGGGUAAAGGCAUCUAUAUAAUAGUACAUCUAUCUCUAUGAUAUUAAAGUGUGUCGACCAAUUUAAAGGUUUUAAAAUAUAUAUGCUGAUAAACAUUUGAUUUAGUGUGUUUUGAUUAAGCAGUUCUUUUUAUAUCAGUUUGCCUGUUGUAGGAUAAGACUUAUCACCAAAAGAAAAUUUACAGAAUUCAAAUUUAGAAUAAGUAAAAUAUAGAUGAUAGUUUUUGGAACAAGGGUCAAAUCAUGUGAGUAACGUACAAAACAUUAGCCUUUAAAUUUAAAUAAUUCUUAUUGGCUAAGUUUUAUAUCAUAGUUCCUGAGCCCUGGACAUAAUACAGUAUAUCAUCAUAUAAUUGGCUUUUAUAAAUAUUUUUAGACUAUGGUAAUUUUUCUGAAUCUAUUUCAGAAGUGAAAUAUUUAGGACUGUAUGUGGAAUUACCAAAAUACUUAGUUCUGGAAUCUAUUUUUAGUGUAUUUAAUAAUGGUAUGGUAUGCUGUAUUAAUGUUAUCUCCACUAAAUAACUGAUGUACUCAAUCCAUUUGUCACCAUUCACCCUAGUUUUAGCUUUGACACUUUGGUGUUGCUUCUUGAUCAUGUUUUAGAACAAUAGACACAAAGUAUACGGUAAGGAAUAAUCUUUAAUUGGUAAAACUGAGAUAGCUGGAUUUGGAAGGAGCUCUUAAUAGUAAUGGAUUUGGGGGUUAUUUAGGUUCCUUGGUUAAUGUUUGUUUCUUUUGUCUGUUUCUUUUUCUUUCAUUUCUACACAUUCAUGCAGUAUUUCAUGGUUCUAUCAAAGCAGCAGUAAAAAAAAUACUCUUGACGCAUGAAAAUUAACUGGUGAGGGGCCUCAUUGCUAUUUUUAAAUUGUAGUUUUAUUUUCAAAUAGUCUUUUUUUAAUCAGAGGAUCAGAUGCAUGACUUUUUUUUAAUGGAUGCAGAUCUUCUAUCAGGUGUCUCACAAUAAAUUCAAGAGGAUUGUAGUUUGCCAGAAAUGUUGCAAAUGCACUAAUUUGAAUAAGAUGUUGAUAUUUAAUAUUAUCCUCUUGAGACAUAAUUUUGCAUGCAAGAUUAUCCCAUAAUCUUUGUAGGUUUGUUAAUAUUGAUGCAUUAAUGCCCUAUAUCUAAAUGAUCUUCUCCCUCCCCAUCCCCCCUCCAUAACUCUGGGUAUCUAAAUUGAUGACAGCUCUGACACAAGCAAGAUAACAGUGCUGUGUAGUAUACAUUUGUUUAUAUUAUCGGCACUUCUCAGUAUAGGUGGAAGGAACCAUUACCUUUAUUUAACAGUGGUUUUUCUUUUUUGUUGUUGUGUUUUACAGUUCUUUUCCCUGGUUCAGCCUGAACUAUAUACCAGGCCCUGCUGAAAAUACCACCCAACAGUUUUCUUCUGCAGCUUAUCCAGUUUCUCUUAAGUGCCCUGUACAUAUUGUAUGUUUUAUGAUGAGAUGCAGUUUCUUAAUAUGUAUUACAGAAAUACUACUGGUAUUUGCAAAUAUAUAGUUUAAUUGUCUUAUUGAACUCUCAUUUUGGGGGCUUGGGCACAUUAACAGAUUAAUCCAUCUGUAUAGGGCUUUUGCUGUUGGAUAGAAUUUAAAUUGUGUACAUAAAUAUUUGUCUUAGGACCCUUAGAUGUUAUCUGAAUACACAAUUUAGGCUUUAAAAACAGAUAUACAUGUUGUUUUCGACUUUAGGAGUUUGCUUAAGUUAGCUUUUGAACUCACACUGUAUAGCAGCAUUUUUUGGUAUGGUUAGCAUGGCACAUGCUGGAAUAUAAAGCAUUUUACUGUACAGGUAAGGAAUGUGCCAUGUUAUUUUACCCCUUCUCUCUCUCUCUCUCUCUCUUUCUCUCUCUUACUCCCCCACACACAUCCAGUGUGUAUUCAGAGACCUUCAGAAACAUUCAUUUUCAUGAGUCAGCAAAAGCCCUACACUUGAUUCCAACAGAAUAUUUCCUUUACAUACUUUCCUUCUCUUAAUUUUUACAAAAUUUGUAUGGUAGGUGUAAAAGAAAAUCAUAGUAACUGUACCAUAUUAUUAACCCCUAAAUCAAACUUUUUUUGUCUUGUGUAUCUUGAUUUUUCUGUGUGCUUUAUAGUGAAGCAGCCGACACGAGUCGUUGUUCAUAAAACAGCUUUUGAAAGUUGAGAGCACACCCCUGGAGAACCGACUGUGCUUGCUUACGUUUGGUUCAUGACUUAAAAAUCGAGUACAGGUGAUGAAAUCUUGGCAGUGUUAACAAAAAAGUAGUGUGUAUUGUGCUAUUUUUUUUACUCUAGAAACUUAACCAUUUGUAGAGAAAAAAAGGAAACAAACUUUCACACAUUGAAGUUUCAUUCUGACAUAAAGUUAAUGAUAAAUAAUAAUAGAAAUCAAGCUUUAUAUUUUAGCGAACAUAAGUACUUUCAACAAACUCAGGUGGUGUAUCAGGGAGACAUUUUCUGGGUGUUUUUGUGUGUUUUCUGUCUUGCAAAAGGGUGUGUUCUAAUGCAAGGAUGUUUCUCUGCAGGAGUUAUUCCUGAUGAGACUAAGGCUUUGUCUCUGUUGGCACCAGCUAAUGCAGUGGCAGGUCUUCUGCCUGGUGGUGGACUCCUGCCUACUCCUAACCCACUUACCCAGAUUGGCGCUGUUCCAUUGGCUGCUUUGGGAGCUCCUACUCUUGAUCCUGCCCUUGCUGCACUUGGGCUUCCUGGAGCAAACUUGAACUCUCAGUCUCUUGCUGCAGAUCAGUUGCUGAAGCUUAUGAGUACCGUUGAUCCCAAGUUGAAUCAUGUAGCUGCUGGUCUUGUUUCACCAAGUCUGAAAUCAGAUACCUCUAGUAAAGAAAUAGAGGAAGCCAUGAAGAGAGUACGAGAAGCACAGUCCCUAAUAUCUGCUGCCAUAGAACCAGAUAAAAAAGAAGAAAAACGAAGGCACUCAAGAUCAAGAUCACGCUCUAGGAGGAGGAGGACUCCUUCAUCUUCUAGACACAGGCGGUCAAGAAGCAGAUCUAGAAGGAGGUCACAUUCUAAGUCAAGGAGUAGGCGACGAUCCAAAAGUCCCAGACGGAGAAGAUCUCAUUCCAGAGAGAGAGGUAGAAGGUCAAGGAGCACAUCCAAAAACAGAGACAAAAAGAAAGAAGACAAAGAAAAGAAACGUUCCAAAACACCACCAAAAAGUUAUAGCACAGCCAGACGGUCCAGAAGUGCAAGCAGUUUGUACAUUUGUGGUCCUAGAGAGAGACGACGUCGACGAAGCAGGAGUGGCACAAGAUCUCCUAAAAAGCCCAGGUCUCCGAAAAGAAAAUUGUCUCGCUCACCGUCCCCUAGGAGGUUAAAAUUCUCAAGCGUAUCCUUUAAAGCAUCUUUUUUUUCUUUGAGAACAUUUUACUGUUAUCCUAGGCAUAAAAAGGAGAAGAAGAAAGAUAAAGACAAAGAAAGAGGCAGAGAUGAACGAGAACGAUCAACAAGCAAGAAGAAGAAAAGUAAAGAUAAAGAAAAGGAUCGGGAAAGAAAAUCUGAGAGUGAUAAAGAUGUAAAACAGGUUACACGGGAUUAUGAUGAAGAGGAACAGGGGUAUGACAGCGAGAAAGAGAAAAAAGAGGAGAAGAAACCAACAGAACCAGUUUCCCCCAAAACAAAAGAAUGUUCUGUGGAAAAGGGAACUGGUGAUCCCCUGAGAGAAUCCAAAGUGAAUGGUGAUGAUCAUCAUGAAGAAGACAUGGAUAUGAGUGACUGAAUAUGGCCUCCAUGAGAAUCCACCUGUAUACAUGCAUCAGUGUCAUUCCUUUGUGUGAUAUCUUCAUGCUGUAUUUGUUCAUCUCAAACCUUAGAUGUAUACAGCUCUGAGCUACAAAUGGUUAUAACGCUCCUGUAAUUGAUAUUAUUUACAUCCAAAAGUUUUUAGAAAAUGCUAUGUUGGUAACCAAUUCUUGAUGUGGUGAAAUCUGAUUGAGUAACCAAGCAGCUUGACUAUUCUGGUGCUGCUUCAUAGCAGAAGUGAAAAGCUGCAUGCAUCUACAGCAGGCAUGGAUUGUUUAUGUUGUAUAAUCUCCUUUAUUAAGUAAGUUCACUUAUAGUAUUUCUAGAAUUUGAUUCAUUGCCGUAAUAGAGCCAUGUAGGGAAUGCACUGAUUGCAUGUUAAUUGUGACAGGAAUAUCCUCAAUGUCAUUAAAAUCCUCCAACAUGAUGGAUCUACUUAUGGUCUUGUUCGUUGAUAUGACAAGUUAACAUUCUUAUAGUUACAUCUGGAAAUAAGCAUUUGAAAUAGAUAAUCCUUUAAGCCUUGUGGCUGAAAUUUUGUGGCUUUUGUUUAACUUUGAAAGGUUAUAUAUGCACUAACCUUUUUUGAUGGCUGCUUAGGCUUUAAUUACAGAAACAAAAUUUGAAAUAAAACUGUCUUUGGCAGUGAGUAAAUAGCAUAUUUUGAAGUAGAGUUGUAUACUUUUUCAUAAGGUGUUUGGGAAUUUUUUUCCCUGAAAUAAUUUAUUUCACACCUACAUCAUUGAAAGCUAUCUGCCUAUCCUGAGUCCAUCUGUAAAAGACUUAUUUCUUGUCCUAAUUUUCAAUUUUUCACUUUUAUUAAUUUGUUUUAAUAUCAAUGUUGGAAAAAGGGGGUAGUGCAUUUUAAAUUGACCAUAUGCUUUUAAAGUGAGACAAAUGUACUUGAUAAUGUACUUUUUAUUUGAUCUCAAGUUGUAUAAAACCAAUAAAUUUGUGUUACUGUUACUGCAGUAGUAAUCUUAUGCCCACGGUGAUUCCAUGUUAAAUGCAAAGUAGUUUAGGCAACUGUUUUCUUAGUUACAGGAGUUUCCAGCUUCACUUUUGUGCAGUAAAAACAAAAGUAGGCUACAGUCUGUGCCAUGUUGAUGUACAGUUUCUGAAAUUGUUUUACAAGUCUUUGAUAAUAAAACCCUUAAACCUAUGUUCAUGUUCCUGUAAAACCGUAUUUGUAUUUAUUUACAAGCUGUUGAAUGUAUGACAUUUACCUCAUUCAUUUUACAAAUCAAGUCCUUUCCCCUACAAUCUACAUAUUUACUAUACAAUCCAUCACUGUAGUGAUUAGUUACCAUCAGAAUGAUCAAAGUUGCUUUAAUUUCUAAAACAAUCUAUUUCUUAGUAUAAAUUUCUCAUAUUUUGGGUGUAGGAAUUGGGUUGAGUAAAGUAACUGUAGGAUAAAUGAUCCCACCUAUAUCUACUAAAUUUAUAUUUUCAAUGAAAUAUUUGCCUUUGCUGGAAUAGUAUAGCAAUUCAAUGGUAUGUAUCUAAUGUACAAUACUAAAUAUUUAUUCAUUUAUGAAAUGAGUAGUGUAGAGUGGCUGGGUUUAAGGGGGAAAUGAGACUUGGAAGUAUAACUCUUAUCCAAGUCUGAUAAUUUUUUUAACUUUUAAAAUUGAAAUGCCAUAUAGAAAGCAGCAUUGUUUUUACAGUUUAUAGUAAGUAACUUUUUAAAGAUUUUAUCCAAAGGAAUUUUGUCUAUAGUUACAAAGUUCUAGUAAUGGCCCUAAUAGUCAUUUUAAAACUGUUGAACAGAAGUGACAUUUACUUAAACCUACAAAAACUUUCUUAGUAGGUGAUGGUUGAACCAUAUGACUGCCAUUUUUGUAAAUCAAAACAAGUAAAAUGUUGGCAGUUUCACCUGGUUAAACCUAGUAUUAGUCUGUUUCCUCACUUGUAAUCUCUGAAUACAAAUAUACAUAACUUUUCAAAAGGGAUUAAGUUUUGGGCUGUAAAAUAGUGUCACUGAUGUAAAAUGCAGUGACGGGAACCCGUACCUAGGUUAUUUUUCAGUGAACAUUUUAUGCACAGUGGUAAGGUUGCACAGGACACAAGCCUUUAACACGAUCAGUUGAAACCAAGUGAAUACUGACUGCCUCCACACUUAAGUUUUGUUCUGUAUUUAGUAGUAAAUGAUUAAAAAAAUAAAAGUGGUUUUGUUAGAAAAAA